CCAAAAACAUGGCUUAGUUUUGUAGCCCCACUUUGGUAUAUGAACUUUCCCCACCUGCACCGAUAACUUUAAACCUGGUCAAAACCUGGUCAAAACCUGGCCAAAACCUAGCUAAAACUUGACUAAAACCAGCGAGGAUAAUAUAAUCCCAAAUCCCUUGUCAACAGCAUAUUCAUUGCCGCUCUCCUGUCUAUAUUCGGAAAGUGCAUCAGUGCCAGAUUGGCAGAUGAUGAAGCCGAAUCACAAAGACCGCUACGGAUGGUCAUUCCCACCUUAUCUCGCCCAACUCAUAAGCCUUUCACUACUGAGCCAGGAAAAUAAUUACCUUCGUCCUUCAUUGGAUGCUCAUAGGAGAAACUUUCAGUAACGAGUUAUCACACAAGCAUGUGUCAUUCAGCCUGCAUGUACGCACCCCGCCCAGGUAUUACCCCAGAUUCAAUCCCCGCGAAGCCGAGGGCAAUGCGGAUUUCGGAGAUGCCUGGACGUGCCUAUAUAAGAAGCACGUCUGCCCGAAUUUUUCAGGCUCACUCUCUUCCAGGCCAUACCUGAAUUCAGAUUACACAAUGGAGAGAUUAAGACAAGUAGCAUCACACUUGGACACCGUCAAGGGUGCCAGCGCCAUCAAGCACAAGAACGCCGACGACGUCGUUAUCGUUGCCGCUUACAGAACCGCGAUGACCAAGGGGUUCAAGGGGGGGUUUAAGGACACUGCCACCGAAGACUUAUUGAUUGGACUUGUUAAGGGUUUGCUUUCCAAGACGCCUAAGUUUGACCCUAAAUACAUUGAGGAUGUGGCUAUUGGCAAUGUUUUGAACGGCGGAGCCGGUGCCUUCGAGCAUAGAGCUGCGAUGCUAGCUGCGGGGAUUUCCUACGAGGCGGCGUUUGUUGCGGUUAACAGACAGUGUUCCUCUGGUUUGAUUGCCGUCAACGAUAUCGCCAACAAAAUUUUGACGGGCCAAAUCGCCUGUGGGUUGGCUGGUGGGGUUGAGUCGAUGUCGCAGAAAUACGACCACAAGAACCUUAUUCCACAAUUUUCAGAGCUAAUUGCAAACAGUCCAGCUGCUUCCAAGUGCAACAUCCCAAUGGGCCUCACUAAUGAAAAUGUUGCCGAGAAAUACAACAUUGACCGUGCUGCCCAGGACGCAUUCUCCGCUGCUUCGUAUCACAAGGCCGAACAGGCUGUCACCAAGGGCUUGUUUAAGGACGAAAUUAUCCCUGUCCAAGUCAAGACCGCGCAGGGUACCGCUGUCAUUGACACCGAUGAGGGUCCACGUGCCGGUGUCACCGCUGCUUCCCUUGGGAAGCUUAAGCCAGCAUUCAAGAAAGACGGCACCACCCACGCAGGUAAUGCGUCUCAGAUUUCCGACGGAGCUGGGGCCGUUUUGUUGAUGCGUCGUUCGCUUGCCACCAAGCUUGGCUUGAGAGUCGUUGGCAAGUAUGUCGCAACCUCCGCGGUUGGUGUCCCACCUGAAAUCAUGGGAGUUGGUCCAGCUUACGCUAUCCCACACGUUCUCGCCCAGGCCGGGAUUUCCACCUCUGAUGUUGCAGUAUUUGAAAUCAACGAAGCGUUUGCGGCUCAGGCGUUGUUCUGUAUCGAGCACUUGGGCUUGGACAAGGCUAAGGUGAACCCUCGUGGCGGUGCCAUCGCCUUGGGUCACCCCUUGGGUGCCACCGGUGCCAGACAAGUUGCUACGAUUAUGAGAGAAUUAAAGACUGGCGAGAUUGGAGUGACUUCUAUGUGUAUCGGGACCGGUAUGGGUGCUGCUGCUGUUUUUGUCAAGGAUGACUUCUAUGUGUAUCGGGACCGGUAUGGGUGCUGCUGCUGUUUUUGUCAAGGAGUAGGUAUAUGAUGGUUAAAGAAAAAAAGUCUGUCUGCUAAGUUUGUGAGUGUAACAUUGACUGGGUUAAUCAGCAAGGUUGGUGGUGUCUGUCUGCUAAGCUUGUAAGUGCAGCAUUUACUGGUUUAAUCAGUAAUGUUGGCGGUAUCCUCCAUCUAACCUUAUCUCUGUGAGCAAAGCUUUAAAAAUCCAAAGCAUACCUUACCCCACGUAUGACACUGUAUGCCUACAUAAAUGGCAUCUCACAAUUCGAGCUUCGGUG